GCGUUCAAAAUGGCAGCGCUCACAUCGUCGACACGUGAAGCGUUUACAGAAGCAGUAAGAGCUGUUUUGGAAACUUGGCCGGUAUUACAGAUAGCGGUUGACAAUGGCUUCGGUGGAGCAUACAGUCCACAAAAGGCAGAGUGGAUGGUCGAUGCGCUACAGCAGUAUUUCUACGACAAUGACGACCUAGAACAAGAGGAAGUGGAGGACUUCCUAUCCAAUCUGAUGGACAACGAGUUUGAUACGGUGGUCGAUGAUGGCAGUUUGCCACAGGUGGCAAAGAAAGUGUGUGAGAUGUUCCAGCAGUGUCAGCAGGGGAGACUGGCAGAGGUCAGAGAGUACAUCAGCCAGCUGGCCCUUAAAAACACUGCUGGGAGGGCAAAGGUCACACCUAUGAAAACACCUACAGGGGAGGAGGAGGAAGAAGAAGAGAGUGAAGAUGAAGAGUCUAUGGAGUGUGAGGACACUGGAGCAGGACUCUCGUCACAACCGUGGCAACAGCAGAAUGCUUCAGCAACAGGAACUAAAGAAGAAGAGGGCGGGUGGACAGUGGUCUGGAGUUUAGAGCCGUGGUGGUGUGCUGUACAGGACCUGUCAAAUAUUGCACAUCUGUGGUUGGGACAAGGUGUUAAAGGAUUAAAAAGCAGCAUUUAGUUUUGAAGUGGUACAAGAAACGAUGAUUAGUUGUACAGAGGAACGUGAAGCCAAAUGUAUCCAACCAUCCCAAAAAACAAAAAAAAAGUGUUUUCCAAUGUUGGAAAAAUCAGUAGUGGGUUACUGAGUUAUUUGUCUGUGUAUUCUCAGUACUUGGGGCAGGAAACUUCUGCUUUUUGCUCCUUAUUGAACACUGAGAGGGAAGGUCAAUGUUAAACCACUCUCAAAGACCGAAGUGAUGUCAAAACUACAAGUCUGCUGCAGUCUUUUACUGACACUUGAUAUUGUUUUGAAAUAAGUAUGUUGUUUGUGGCAUAGAUUUGUUUUAAACAUUUAAAAGAUAGUAGUAGUAGUAAAAGGCACAAAUGGGGGUUUACUGAUAGGUUUACGCGCGCAAGCACAUUAAGGACAGACUGUCACUCAACAGCUGGCUUAUGGACAUUUAUUAUUGGUCGAGAAUGCCCCCUUGUGGCCACUUCAAGUUCGACAGGAAAAACCAGCUGCAGUUUACUGCUUGUUUGUCUGCAGUCUACUGCAGUACUGCGUGAUGCGGCAGGUCCUGUAUUCUAAAAUAUUGAACAACUGAGUGUGUCCACUGUAUUAUUUUAAUAACUUCUCUUUACAGACUGUAUAUAACUAUGUACUAUAGAACUAUGUACUAUAAAACAUACCUAUUUAUCCCCCCAUCCCCACCCCCCCAAAAAAACAAAACAAAACAGUUGUAUGUGAUAGUAUGACGGUUUAUUUCAGUAGUACACAGAUUCAUGACUUUCUCUUCAUACAUAUAGUGUUGGAUGGUCACA